UCUCAGUUCAUCUUCAUGCGAUUAUGAAAUGAUGUCUUCUGUUUUAAUGAAUUAAUUAUCUUUGAUUUUGAUAAUGCCUCCAAACGGAAGUAUGGACACAUCUACUAAAAAAGCAAUGACACGGAAUUUAAGAAAUUCACGAGAGCAUAAAUUAUUAGUGGACAAAGAGAAGGAAUCAGAAAAAAACGGUAUAAUUUCAGGAAAGAAUAUAUUUAUCACUGGAGGAGCCGCUGGACUAGGCUAUGCCUUUUGUAAUCACUUUCUGCAAUUUGGAGCUAAUAAAAUUUGCAUAAUUGACGUAGAUGAGGUGGCAGGUGGCCGUAUUGUAGUCUCCACUGAGAAAUCGCACGGUGCCGGCAAAGUAAUCUUUAUCCGUGCCGAUGUGUCCCGAUAUUCCGAGAUUGUUGCUGCAUUUGAAGAAGCAAUGUCCAGAAUGGGCGGGGUGGACAUCGUUGUCAAUAAUGCAGGAAUUAUUGAUGAACGGAGGUGGGAGAGGGAAAUCGCUGUUAACAUGGGUGGCAUGAUAUCAGUGGCGAUGUUGACGAUAGAGUACAUGGGUAAACACAGAGAUGGACGCGGUGGCAUCCUGAUCAAUAUUGCCGAACACAUGGACAUCAAGUUUACGGCUCAGUUACCGGUUUACAAUGCUACCAAACAAGCUAUAAUUGGACUCUCUCAGUCGCUCGCGGCGUCUUGCAAUACGAAAAGAACAGGAGUUCGUGUAAUUACGCUUUGUCCGGGACUUACCGAAACAGCCCUCACAAUCGACAGUCCUAAUAAGCUACUAUCUAGGGUCAUGAAGGCUGAUUUUGUAAAAAACUUAGAACAACUGACGAUACAAACCCCAUACGUAGUUGCGCAGGGUCUUAUGUCAAUUCUGCGUACGUGUGAGUCCGGCAGCGUUUGGGUAAUAGAAAAUGGUCACUCACCUUUUGAAGUUUAUUUGCCAAAUUUCCGCAGUCUUAGACGUCUCUACAAAAAUAAUUUCACUAUCACGGACGAUAUGAAGUGUGGAAAUAAAAACCAGCCAAUCACGGAUGCAGUCUGCGAUAGUAAUCUUACUGAUCUUACAAGUUGCGUUUAGACUUGCU